GUCAUUGUCAAAUUCUAUAGGUUAACCUAGGGCUAGUAUUAUUGUACACUUUUUUUCUCCAUUUAUCUACAAAUUAAAUCUUAGUUGUAUUAUUACCAUUCAUUAGUUAUUGCAUCAUCGAUACCGACUGACAUCUGUUUUUUUUUGCGUUUAUGUUAAUCAGAAACAAGCAAAUCAUUACAUAAAGAACUGACUGCUUGCUUCUCGUUUUCUAUAUUAAAAGUACACAAGUUAUUUGUUGGUUUGGCCCCAUAAUGUCCGUGGAGCCGCGCGUGAAACAGGAGCCCGAGUACGAACGCGAGGAGCUGACAGCGCAACUCGUGGACCGAGUGCGUGUGAAAAAGGAGCUAGAUUUCACGGUUGAGGUGUUUUGUGAGAAGGUGGAGCCCUCAAGCGAGCUGUAUGCAGACCACAUUGUCAAGGAAGAGCUAGUGCUGGGGCCGGAGCACCCGCAACGCCCCGACGUCGGCCUCGUGGUGCGCGAAUGGAUGAUUGGUGACGCGGAUGUCUGCCCACGGGCGGCGGGCGGCCGCGGCGGCACACCGCUCGCGCUGCGGGACUGCUCCGUGCGGCUGCACCGCCUCCCGGAGCCCCCGCCGGCACACACAGGGACCACACACCAGAAUACACCUACGAGUGCUGACACCCAACCUGAUACACAACUUGAUCGUGAAAAAGCCUGUAAUUUUUGUGGCAAGGAGUUUUCACUAAAGUCUGAUUUAAUGAAACAUGUCAUGACUCAUGUCCACCUGUCUACAGAGCUCGAGUAUGAAACAGGAAAUGAAACAUACAAUACUACAUUAACUUGCGACCAAAAACAUGUAUGUGACAUUUGUGGAGAAGCGUUCAGUCAGAAGGGGGAGUUGGUGAAACAUGUUGUUAUUCACAUCCACACCGAGGAGGCCACAGACGAUGUUGCAGACAGUGGUUUCCUGGUUCCGGAGGGGGGCGCCACAACCGACCUCGUGAAACAACCACAAACUGACUCACGGCGAACAACAAACACACAUACCCUUCAAGUUACUUCCGAUACGAAUAUUUACGUCUGCGACUUCUGUGGGACCACGUUUGAACGAAAACAUAAAAUAAUUCACCAUAUUAAGAAGCACAUGCCACUAAAAUGUGAAACUUUAUCAAUGGAUUCAAUAUCUAACAACGAAAUAAGAAAAAAUAAAUCUACACAAUCGGGCAGCUUACAAACACACAGACAAACCCACACCGGAGAUAAACCUUUUUCCUGCGAAGUGUGUAAAAAGGAAUUUAAGCAAUUAAAUGUCUUAAAAAUUCACAGACAAAUCCACACGGGGCUAAAGCCUCAUUCGUGCCAUAUAUGUGAAAAGGAGUUUACGCGAUUGGGAAAUUUAAAAUCCCACAUGCGAAUACAUACUGGUGAAAAACCAUAUUCCUGUGAAGUAUGUAAUAAGCGGUUUGCGCUAUUGAAUGGUAUAAAAUACCACAAACGAAUCCACUCUGGCGAAAAGCCUUAUUCUUGCAGAAUAUGUGAUAAGAAGUUCGCACUCGCAAACACUUUAACCUUUCACAUACGGGCCCAUUCUGGAGAAAAACCAUAUUCUUGCGAAGUAUGUAAAAAGAAGUUUACGCGACCGAACUAUUUAAAAUCCCAUAUACAAGCCACCCACACUGGAGAAAAACCUUAUUCUUGCGAAGUAUGUGAAAAGAAGUUUGCGGCAUUGUCCUUAUUAAAAUGCCACAUAAAAACCCACACUAGAGAAAAACUUUAUUCCUGUGAGGUAUGUAAAAAUAAUUUUUCGACAUCAAAACAAUUAACAAGACACAAACGCACCCAUACUGGUGAAAAGCCCUUUACUUGCAACAUAUGUGAAAAGGAGUUUUUGAAAUUGGGCAAUUUAAAAAACCACAUACGAAGCCACACUAGAGAAAUCCCUUACUCAAGGAAUAUAAUAAUUUUAAUGUAAAUAAUUGCCUAUUAUCGUAUUUAUGCCAUACGAUUAAAUAAAUAAGGAGUAUAAUAAUAUAUGUACAGUAAAAGAGCAAACUCGCGAAUUAAUGUCAAAAAACCUCGACACAAACGCCCCAAGCGGAAUUUUGGUACUAACCUUUACGUAUGUGUGCGUGACAUACAUUGAUACUUAUAAUAACUUUGGCGUCUUUUUCCUUGACCGUGUACAGUGAACUAGAGAGUGCAAGAAGGUGAAAGAAUGGAAACCUCGUUGUAGUUCACUGUACACGGUCAAGGCAUAGAGAAAUAAGAAGUAAUAGAGUGCUCACUCUAUACAUUAGUUUUGGUACCAAAAUGAUUUGUUUGCCGCGAUAUCUAUUGUCGAGUAGCAGUACUGAGAGUUCCGCUACUCGAUGCUAGAUGUCGACUGCGAAUAUAAUAAUCAUUUUGGUACCAAAACUGAUGUAUGGAGUGAGCACUCUAUUACUUCUUAUUUCUCUAUGGUCAAGGGAAAAGGCGCCAACAUAUAAUACCUAUUUAUUCAGUGACCAUUUACAAUACCAGUCUUUUAUGACGACCGGUCUGGCCUAGUGGGUAGUGACCCUGCCUAUGAAGCUGAUGGUCCCGGGUUCAAAUCCUGGUAAGAGCAUAUAUUUGUGUGAUGAACACGGAUAUUUGUUUCUGAGUCAUGGGUGUUUUCUAUGUAUUUAAGUAUUUAUAAUUAUAUAUUAUAUAUAUCGUUGUUUAGGUACCUACAACACAAGCCUUAUUGAGCUUACUGUGGGACUUAGUCAAUUUGUGUAAUAAUGUAAAUAAAUAAAUAUUAUAGGACAUUAUUACACAAAUCCUAUAAUAUUUAUUUAUUUAUUUAUUAUUUAUAUUUAUAAUAAAUGUUCACACCAAAAAUUUUUUUUUGCAUAAGUAAAAACACGAUGUGUACAAUAUUUUUUUUUUUUUUUUUAGAAAACAAACAGCCUUUUACAAAUAUAUUUAAAAUAAAUGAACUAAAAAUAGGCCUAAAGUUUCCUACAUUACUAAGAAAACUAUUACAUAGAAAUGUAAAUUACGCAAUUAUAAAUUACCGGUUUAGUUGUGUACUACAUGCAAGUAAGGUAAGAAAACAUACAAAAGUAUGAAAAAUAUGACUGGAACCAAAUUGGUCAAUUUCUAGAAAACAAAAUUUGCCGAACUUUGUUCUUGAACACGAACUAUGAACAAAAAUAUCUAUAUCGUUAAGAGAUUCAUUAUACAAAUAACAAGUGCGCCUAAAGAAAGAGUUUUUAGCAUACUGUGUGCCACAGGAGGAAAUAGAAAAUGUGGGUUUAGAACGUGAGUGGAAACGAGAGAUUUUGAAGGAAACGCUAUCUAAUAAAAGGUUAGAAUCUAUGUGAUUUCUAAUAAUUUUAAAUAAAAAUAAAACAUCUAGAUAUGCUCUUCUUUUCUCCAACGGAGGGAGACUAUGUCUAGCUGCUGACGAAAAAUAAUCACAGUUAUAGCGGCCGGUUCUGUAAUCAAGGGACUUACAAAAAAAAAAUCUGAAUCCUUUCAAGUCGUGACUUAUGAAUGCCAAAAUGUGGGCUCCAAACAACACUGCCAAACUCCAAAAUACUACGUACGAAAGAGUAAUACAAAAAUUUUAACGUGAAUGUA